AUGUCUGAGCAUCAAUCACCGGACGACGGCGGAGAAAUGGAGGCACAUGACAACGUCGGCUCCAAGCGUUACCGUCGACCCAGCGUCAGGUUAGGCGACAUUGGCGGUGACCAUUCUUCUUUCGACCAACGGAAACCCAAGUCUCUCUGGAAGGACUCAUCCAAGAAUAAUCGCCAUCGUACAAAUUUAUCAAGUAAUCAAACUCUAACUCUUGUUGAUACUAACCCUAAUGAAAGUAGCAAUUCUAGGAAAAAAUGGAGUAAUGUUGAUAAAGAGGAUGUCGGGGAUGCGAAUUUGGAUGAUGUUACGAUUGGUAGUUGGAAGAUUAGGAAUUUGAAAUCUAAGAAGGGGCUAGUGACUAAGAAGAUGAGGUCGGGUUGGACUCCCAAAGUUAAUGAUAGUGAAAAAGAUGACAAAAUGCCCAGUACUGAUGUCGAAGAUUUGGAGAAUAAUGAACACAGCCCAGUUCAUUCCCAUGACAAUAACAAAACUAAUGAUAAUGUGAACAUGAGCACCAUUGACAUUGAUAGGAGAAUUGAUAAUGUGAAUAGUAGGAAGAGGGCAAUUAGGGUUUCUGAGGAUGGCCCAACUGAUACAGAGACCCGAGAUUGGAAGAGGAAUGGGAUUAAGGUAUGGCUGAACCAGUUGGGACUUGGUCAGUAUGCCUCUCUGUUUGAGAUUCAUGAGGUUGAUGAUGAGGUUUUACCAAUGCUAACAUUGGAGGAUCUAAAGGAUAUGGGAAUCACUGCAGUCGGAUCGCGAAGGAAAAUGUAUUGCUCAAUUCAGAACCUCAAUAAAGGUUUCUCAUGAGUUUCUACCAGGGAAAAGGUAUCACUUUAAGGUUUUUGUAGCUGCGUAAGCCUAUGGUUGAAAUCAUUCCAGAUAUUAACAUUACUUGCAGCUUAACCUCUAAUUUUGCAGUUUUUGUGUUCUUUUUGUAGUUCAGAUGCAAUUCUGAUAUACUAGCAAUGGCUGUGAAGUGUACAGUGCUCUUACUGUUGGUAACAUCUUUGUUAAUUUGGUCCUAAAUAGAUCAAAACUUUUAAGACCAGAAAAAAUAGAGAAGCAUCAUUCAAGAAAAUGAAUGUUAGUUACUCCUUUAGUUUUCCUAAUAAAGUUUUAUGUCCAAUCUUCAUUU